AUGCUGCUACAUCCCGUUCUACUCGUCGUGGCCAUGAUACUUACCAGCUCCACGGUAGUUAGCUGCUCUGGUGCAGACUCCCUGGUCAUUCGAUCUGGCGCGCUCGUCUUGAUCGCUUCCUGCACCUGGCAAUGUAUCACAACAUCCAUGGAAUUUAUGGUCCGCAGCCCGUGGGCCAGUCUAGUUGCUGGCUAUUCAGUGACACUCCUCUUCCACUACAUCGAUAUUGCACUUCUCGGAAAAUGGUCGUUUGAAGGACAGGAAUUUCUCAAGGCACUCGCAUCGGGUCUUUCAUUGACCGUGAAUUCGCGAUUUAUCGGCACGCCCGAGCAGGUGAAACAUGUCUCAUUGCGCUCGACUGCAGUAUCGCGGGGACGUUUCCUCGGGCGGUCCGCGAGGUUUAUAUUCCUCAGCUACCUGGCUCUGGAUGUGAUGGACUCAAGUGCAGAUCGCGAAGUAACAGCAAAAUAUCUUUCGAGCGCGAAUGUUCCGCUCUUGGGGCGGCUUCAUCGCAGUGAAGUUUCCGCCGAGGAGAUUGUCGUGCGAUUCUUUUCGGUCAUCGGUGCAGCAAUUGGGCUGGUCUCUGUUCAGGGGGGAUGCCACCGAUUAUUCGCCUUCUUCAGCGUGCUCUUGGGCCUGUCUGCGCCUUCAGACUGGCCAACAUUAUAUGGUUCUAUAUCCGAUGCCUAUACUUUGCGAAGGCUCUGGAGCCGCCUUUGGCACCAGCUGAAUACGCACAAGCUUAACUCCAUCUCUAAUUACCUCUUGCACGAUGUCCUCGGCGUAACCCGGGAAACAAAGGCAACCCCUGCCAGAUACGCAAAGCUAGUCUUUGCGUUUGGGGUAUCGGGACUGAUGCAUGUACUGAUUGAUAUGUCGGUCGGAUUAUCGAUUUACAGCUCUGGCGCUCUGUCGUUCUUUGGCGCACAAACUCUUGGCAUUGCCAUUGAAGAUGCCAUUCUUAAGGCUCAUUGCUGUUGUAUGGGUUACAACAAGUCCCAAUCGCCCCCUCCAUCGUCGGUGCAGCGAUCCAUCGGCUAUAUAUGGGUAUGUACUUACCUCGUUUGGACGCUUCCAGCCUACAUGUUUCCCAUCAUGUCCCUGGAGGGCAAUAACUCUGUUGUGCCGUUAAGUGUGGUUGGUAUGUUGCGUCGAACCUGA